CUUAAUAAACCUUUCAGUAGAUAAGCAAACGUUUACAAGCCAACAUGUUAUCUAAACUGUCGUUACUAUUCUUUUGUGGAAUCACACUGAGUUUGAUUUGCAUGGGUUCAGCCCAAGGCCAAGGCGAAUGGGGUGGUGCUCGUGACAGCCAAUCGGAUCAUCAGGGUCAUCCUGGACAAUGGGAUAAUUAUGGCAAUCCUCCAUGGAAUAACAAUCAAAAUAGUCAUUCGAUGGAUCAUAGCUAUCACAGUCACGCGGCAGCAACUGCAUCGACUUGGUCAUUAAACAAUUUUGUAGUAAUGGCUGCCAUGUUGUUGUUAUGCAUUUUUCAAAAUACUAAUGUUUGAUUUUUAAACCAUCAACAAUUAUAUUUGAAAGGAGUAAACAAAUUGUUUGUAAAUAUUUGAAAUAAAAAAUGUUUGUAAAAGUAAAAGGACUUGUAAGUCCUGAAAUUUGAAAA